CCGGCGGGGUUCUGGAACGCUCAGUGGCUGCGCGGGACAGGAAUUGGUCGGAGUUCCACCGUCCAGUCUUCCCGGUCUUCGCGGUUCGCUCCUGGUGUACCCGAGACACCUGUGCUCUCCGCCGGUGCAGGGUUUCCUGCCGCAUUCCUUCCCGUCCCCCAGUUCGUAGGGCGGGGAGAAAGGCUGGGCCGUCGCGUCCCGGACCCUCGGUAGGACCUUGCUUCGCGCCGCUGAGCCGUUGCAGGGCGAGAUGAGCUCGGACUCGGCGGCCGGGGCGCCCCUGCCCCGGCUCUGUUGCCUGGAGAAGGGCCCGAACGGCUACGGCUUCCACCUGCACGGGGAGAAGGGCAAGGUGGGCCAGUUCAUCCGGCUGGUGGAGCCCGGCUCCCCGGCCGAGAAGGCGGGGCUGCUGGCCGGCGACCGGCUGGUGGGAGUCAACGGCGAGAACGUGGAGAAGGAGACCCACCAGCAGGUGGUGAGCCGCAUCCGCGCCUCGCCCAACGCCGUGCGCCUGCUGGUGGUCGAUCCCGAGACCGACGAGCAGCUGAAGAAGCUCGGCGUCCAGGUGGGCGAGGAGCUGCUGCGCACCCACGAAGAGCCCGGGCAGGCCGAGCCACCCGCCGCCAACGAGGCUCAGACGGACGGAAGCGAAAGUGAGCCGCGCGAGACCGAGGAGAGCCACCCGGAGCGGCUGGAGCUUCGGCCUCGGAUCUGUUUUAUGAAAAAGGGCGCCAACGGCUAUGGCUUCAACCUGCACAGUGACAAGUCCAAGCCAGGCCAGUUCAUCCGAGCGGUGGACCCAGGUUCCCCAGCCGAAGCCUCUGGGCUGCGGGCCCAAGACCGCAUUGUGGAGGUGAACGGGGUCUGCAUGGAGGGCAAGCAGCACGGGGAUGUCGUGUCUGCCAUCAAGGCUGGCGGGGAUGAGGCCAAGCUGCUGGUGGUGGACAGAGAAACUGAUGAGUUCUUCAAGAAGUGCAAAGUGAUCCCAUCUCAGGAGCACCUGGACGGUCCCCUGCCUGAGCCCUUCACCAACGGGGAGAUUCAGAAGGAGAACAGCAGUGAAGCCCUGGGUGAGGCAGCCUUUGAGAGCCCCAGGACAGUGCUGGCGAGAUCUGCCUCAAGCGAUACCAGUGAGGAGUUCAGUUCCCAAGACAGCCCCAAGAAACAGGACUCCACAGAGCCCUCGUCUACCUCCUCCUCUGACCCCAUCCUGGACUUCAACAUCUCCCUGGCUGUGGCCAAAGAGAGGGCGCACCAGAAGCGCAGCAGCAAGCGGGCCCCACAGAUGGACUGGAGCAAGAAAAAUGAACUCUUCAGCAACCUCUGAGCACCCAUCUGCAGCAGCCCAAGGCUGGGGAAGGGCCCAGCCUAUAGCCAGUCCAUCCUAGCCACCCCAACCCCACUGCCCACCAAUCGAUGUUUCAAUCAGCACCAGCACCUCCCUUCAUGAUGAAUCUGAUUGUCCUAGAUACUUCAUUCUUCUCUUAAGAUGUUUCUCUGUCCUCUCCAAUGAAAAAGCGGACUCUUCCCCUCCUCCUCCCCAAGGGCUUUCUCCUACCAGGUAACCCCUUGCCACUCAUCCUGGGACAUCACUGGGACCCACACCAAGCAAGGACCCUGGAGCCAGGUGCUCACAUGUGACCGCUGGCCCAAAACUAAUGAAGGAACUGAUUUCUGCAACCACUGUUCACAGUGGGCAGGGUGCCCUUCAUCCUGGGAGUUGUGGUUUGGGUAUCUGCUGAUUUUUCUUUUUUUUUAAGAGUGCAGUAUCAAGAGUUCAAAAGGAUUUUUGUUUCCUUGAUUUUCCUGGUCAUUAACAUCUGAGGUAUAGCAGCAGCCUCAGCCUUAAAUUUUUGUUUCUACUCUCACUGUUAGAGACCUGGGCAGCGUGGGGAGGAUCUGGCUGCCCCCUGCCAUCCCUGAGCCAGGCACCACCACUGUAAAGACACUGCUUCAGAAACCAAGCCCGUUCCUCUCUACUU